UCCCAGCAGCUAAAAAUCUCACAGCACGAGCAGCUACCGAAGGGGCUGCGGUCUCUUCCUCCUCUUCCUACUCCUCCUCCGCCCCUGCCGCCGCCGCCGCCGCGGCCACCGCCUCCUCCCCCUGCGUCGGCCCCGUCCCCUCCUCCUCCACCCGCGAACUUAGUCAGCGGUUCGCGCCGCCGCGCGCCCAUUGGCCGGCGGAACGCGCCGCGUCACAAUGGAGCCGGUCGGAGGCGGCGAGCCGGGCAGCGCCGGGGCUUCCCGCUGAGUCCGCAGCCCGGGAAAGUGCGGGCGCGGGGCCGCCGCGGGUGCGCCCGGAGCGGCGCAGGGCGCACACGGCUGGGAGCGCCGGCGCCUGGGGCCGGAGUCGCGCAGGGUUCCAGUUUGUAUAUGCAACCAUCUACUAGACUUUACCACCUAGAUGACUCACAGGAAUUUUUCAAAUCAAAACUAAUUGCAGGAUUUCCAGUUGACCAGCACUCAUAGGAAUGAAGACAAACACAGAGAUGGUGUGUCUAAGAAACUUCAAAAGGUGUAGACCUCCUGAUUGAAGGAUAGCUAAUUUACUUGAUUCACUUUUUUCAUUAUAUUUCUGUACUCCUACAAGGGGAAGUCAUGAUUACACUAACAGAACUAAAAUGUUUAGCAGAUGCCCAGUCAUCUUAUCACAUCUUAAAACCAUGGUGGGAUGUCUUCUGGUAUUAUAUCACUUUGAUCAUGCUGCUAGUGGCUGUGCUGGCUGGAGCUCUUCAGCUUACACAGAGCAGGGUUCUGUGCUGUCUUCCAUGCAAAGUGGAAUUCGACAAUCACUGUGCCGUGCCUUGGGACAUUCUGAAAGCCAGCGUGAAUGCAUCCUCUAAUCCUGGGACACUGCUUCCACUCCCCCUCCGAAUCCAGAAUGACCUCCACCGACAGCAGUACUCCUACAUUGAUGCUGUCUGUUACGAGAAACAACUCCAUUGGUUUGCAAAGUUUUUCCCCUACUUGGUGCUCUUGCACACGCUCAUCUUUGCAGCCUGCAGCAACUUUUGGCUUCACUACCCCAGCACCAGUUCCAGGCUGGAGCAUUUUGUGGCCAUCCUUCACAAGUGCUUCGACUCCCCUUGGACCACCCGCGCCCUAUCAGAAACAGUGGCUGAGCAGUCAGUGCGGCCCCGGAAACUCUCCAAGUCCAAGACUUUGCUUUCGUCCUCAGGGUGUUCAGCUGAAAUUGAUUCCAACAAGCAGUCAUUGCCCUACCCGCAGCCAGGCCUGGAGUCAGCUGGCAUAGAAAGCUCAACUUCUAGUGUCCUGGACAAGAAGGAGGGUGAACAGGCCAAAGCCAUCUUUGAAAAAGUGAAAAGAUUCCGCAUGCACGUGGAGCAGAAGGACAUCAUUUAUAGGGUGUAUCUGAAGCAGAUAAUAGUCAAAGUCAUUUUGUUUGUCCUCAUCAUAACUUAUGUUCCUUAUUUUUUAACCUACAUCACUCUUGAAAUCGACUGUUCGAUUGAUGUACAGGCUUUUACAGGAUAUAAGCGCUACCAGUGUGUCUAUUCCUUGGCAGAAAUAUUUAAGGUCCUGGCUUCAUUCUAUGUCAUUUUGGUUAUACUUUACGGUCUCACCUCCUCCUAUAGCUUGUGGUGGAUGCUGAGGAGUUCCCUGAAGCAAUAUUCCUUUGAGGCAUUAAGAGAAAAAAGCAACUACAGUGAUAUCCCUGACGUCAAGAAUGACUUUGCCUUCAUCCUUCAUCUGGCUGAUCAGUAUGACCCUCUUUAUUCUAAACGCUUCUCCAUAUUCCUGUCAGAGGUCAGUGAGAACAAACUGAAACAGAUCAACCUCAAUAAUGAAUGGACGGUUGAGAAACUGAAAAGUAAGCUUGUGAAAAAUUCCCAGGACAAGAUAGAGCUGCAUCUUUUUAUGCUCAGCGGUCUUCCGGACAAUGUCUUUGAGUUAACUGAGAUGGAAGUGCUAACCCUGGAGCUUAUCCCAGAGGUCAAACUGCCCUCCACAGUCUCGCAGCUGGCCAACCUCAGGGAGCUUCAUGUGUACCAUUCGUCUCUGGUGGUAGACCACCCUGCACUGGCCUUCCUAGAAGAGAACUUAAAAAUCCUUCGCCUGAAAUUUACUGAAAUGGGGAAAAUCCCACGCUGGGUAUUUCACCUGAAGAAUCUCAAGGAACUUUAUCUGUCAGGCUGUGUUCUACCUGAGCAGUUGAGUACCAUGCAGUUGGAAGGCUUUCAGGACUUAAAAAACCUGAGGACCCUCUACCUGAAGAGCAGCCUGUCCCGGAUCCCACAAGUCAUUACAGACCUCCUGCCUUCACUACAGAAAUUGUCCCUUGAUAACGAGGGAAGCAAACUGGUUGUGUUGAACAACUUGAAAAAGAUGGUCAAUCUGAAAAGCCUAGAACUGAUCAGCUGUGACCUGGAACGCAUUCCACACUCCAUUUUCAGCCUGAACAAUUUGCAUGAGUUAGACUUAAAGGAAAAUAACCUUAAAACUGUGGAAGAGAUCAUUAGCUUUCAGCAUCUUCAAAAUCUUUCCUGCUUAAAGUUGUGGCACAAUAACAUUGCUUAUAUUCCUGCCCAGAUUGGGGCAUUAUCUAACCUAGAGCAGCUCUCUUUAGACCAUAAUAAUAUUGAGAAUCUGCCCUUGCAGCUUUUUCUAUGCACCAAACUACACUAUUUGGAUCUAAGCUAUAACCACCUGACCUUCAUUCCAGAAGAAAUCCAGUAUCUGAGUAAUUUGCAGUACUUCGCUGUGACCAACAACAAUAUUGAGAUGCUACCAGAUGGGCUAUUUCAGUGCAAAAAGCUGCAGUGUUUACUUUUGGGGAAAAAUAGCCUGAUGAAUCUGUCCCCUCUUGUGGGUGAGCUGUCGAACCUUACACAUCUGGAGCUCAUUGGUAAUUACCUGGAAACACUUCCUCCUGAACUGGAAGGAUGUCAGUCUCUAAAACGGAGCUGUCUGAUUGUCGAGGAGAAUUUGCUCAGUACUCUUCCUCUCCCUGUAACAGAGCGUUUGCAGACAUGUUUAGAUAAAUGCUGACCUAAAGAGAAGAGACCCAUGUCUCAAAAUUAUUUUUUAAAGUAUGCCCCAGGGCUUUGAGAAAUAAAAUGUUCUAAGUUAUAAAGGUGAAAAAUGGGUGAUGAUUAUGUUGAACCAUAACCAAAUGUCAUAUUAAAGCAACUUAAUGUCUAGCCCUAAAUUAAACUGGUAAAAAAUGUUGACACUGAACUGAAUGAAGUUUUGUGAAUUAACUAACUUAUUGAGAUGUUGUAAGACGUACACGUCAAGCGUGGAGUGGAGGGCAUGAACUUACUGAAGCCCUACCUUUGCAGUUUUUACCUUGCAUACUAUAUAGGUAUUCUUUCCUCUUCCUCCCCCGGUCUCCAUUACUUAUUUGCACACUUGUUUUAACUCACUUCCUGUUUUGAUAUUUAUCGAGACCAUAAAACUCAUCAAUGUAAAUUUCCUUGAUGUAUACUCACCACUGUCUUUGAUUUAUGUUCUUAAAUUUUCCUAGGCAGGGUGUAUUGUGCUUGGCAGAAUUCCUUUUUGGCUUAAUUUUUACUUCCUUUCCCAGCUUGCUUGAGUCUUCUUUAAUCUGGUUUUCUAUUAAAAACAAUGACGAACCCUGAGAAAAUGCCUGCCUUUGUCCUUUGCCUAGAACAGGAGCAGGGUACUUAAGAUGUGCUAUCCUUGGGGCAUCCUGAAAAUUAAUGUAUUCUCUAAAAUUUCUUCUUGUCUAUCAGCAAAGCCUUUUUUUAUUGGUUAAGAAUGUUUAUAUUAAAUGAAAAACAUAAGACAAAUAUUUUUUAUUGUGUAAUCUUGGAUUCAGCAUCUGUGAGAAUAAUUUUUGUAAGGUACAGAGAAUAUGCACAUUUCUUUAAGAACUUACUGCUAAAAUCUACUUGGUUUUGGCUAUUUAUAAUUCUCAUGUUUGUGUGCAUUCUGCUCCAAAAUGUUUUUGAACUCUGUAACUAAUUACUUUUAGAUAACAAAAGCCUUGUGUUUCAUGUUCUGAAGCAUUUGGGCGUUUCCUUGUGAGUGGAUGGCUGUAUCGUCUACCUCUCUCUUCCCUGGUCUUUGUGCAAUUGUACAGGUUCAAUUCCUAAUUACUAACAAAAACUGAUGGCGGGGAGAGGUAAGAUUUGGAUUUUAAAAUUGAUAUUAAAGGACUUUGUAGAAAUUUUGUAAGAGUUAGGGCAAAAUGUUUUUCCUCCAUCUGCAUGUUCUCCAAAUAUGAUUAUAAUGUAAAACACUCAGCCUCUAUUCAGUGUCUAAAAUGAGUUCUCAAAGCUCACAAAGAAAUAGAUCCAUUUAACUGAAAUUCAUCUCAUGCCUUUAUCUACUCUUCUGGAAUACAUUUUGCUCCUAUUUAUAAAGAGCUUUGUGUUUGGCCUUUUAUUAUCAUGCAUAUUGUUAAAUGAAUAAAAUCAACUGACUCAUUUUGGGGAAAUGUACAUUUUUAAUGUCUUUAAUGGGUCUAGGCAUUAUGAUGCCACCUCAUUUUGGAUGUAACUAUGAAGUAAUCUAUUAAUUGCACCUAGACAAAACUAGAAAACACUAUGGGUAAAGAGUACUAUAAACAUGUAAUUGUGGUGUAUGAUGUAUGUAUUUUCUUGUUUUGUUCCAAAAGAUGAAAGUGUGUCUUUGAAGUAUAGCAGCAAAUGUAGCUUCUCUUUUCUGCCACACAUCCCUGGACUGAAGUUCACAGAAAAUAAUUAUUCACAUCAAAUGAAAUUUGAGUAUUAGCUAUAAAGAAUAUAGAAUACCAAAUGCUGCCUAACACAUUAUUGUUUAUUCUGAGUAGGAAGGAACAGUAUAAAAAUAUACUUCUUACCAAAAUUUGCCUUCUUUUCAGAACAUUCAAGUUCUCAGGGAGCCAGGCAUAACUGAUGAAUCUUUCUUCUAGGACUUCAGAAAACAGAUUCUGGUUAUAUCCAGGUUUAUUUAGUUAUUUUCAUUUUUUAAAUGUGAGUUGAUGGUUAUUUUAGUGUUUUACAAUAAAAUUGUCACAUGUACUGAUUCCAGUGUUGGGUAGAAUUAUCUAAACUUUUGGAUGUGAAUGUGAUACAUGGAGAAGUGUCUAAAUGUUUUUGGCCACAUCAUGAGCCAUAAUUUGUAUGAAAAAUCCCACCGUCUCCUAUAUGAAGAAUUAGAAAACAAAAAUGAGAUUUGCUACCAUUUAACUGACAAACUAGAACCUGUCCGUGGCUAGGGACUGGUUGAGUUCAACUGCAGAAGUCAUCUGCUAAAUCUUCCUUAUCACCCACAUCAGUUUCUGGAAGCAGUUUACUAGCAGGACCAAUAAUGAAUAUUGUGAAGAUUGUGAGCUGCUUUCCUUACAUUCGGGUACAGUUACUAGUGCAAACUGUGUUGCUCUUACUGCCAUAGUUUAGUUUUUUUUGGUUUUGGUUUUUUGGUUUUUCAGCUUUUUUCCCAUUUAAAUCAUAUACACCAGUGUUUAGGUAGCUUUUGAAACAAUGUAACACUGAUGUGAUGCACAAGGAGACUGACGUACAGAAAUGUGGUGUUAAUACCACCUUCACUGCACUGUUGAGCAAAUAUUUAUUUUACAAGUGUUCAUAUUCAUUUAAGGGAAUUUUAAAUGAAAAUGAUUUAAAUUAUUCUUAUGAGACUAUAGUUGGCAUCUGAUUUCCAAGAAUGUAUAUGCACUUUCCAAAAAAUAAAUAUGGAGGUUUUCAGAACAAAGUUUAUGGCUUAUUUUCGUUUUUCAAAGUUUAUGGCUUACUUCAGAACAAAGUUCAUGGCUUGGUUCAUUUUAUUUGCACACACACAAAGACACAGAUAGACACAGACACACAUAGAGAUGCGCAUACCCCAUGUGUGCAAAUUGUAACUUAGUUUUUGAUACUUUUUCCAAAUUUUUUAGUAUUUUCCAAAAUUGCAAGAGGUUAUAGGUUAAUACUAGGAUAGCAACUUUUUAAAUUCAUCAUUUGUAAUCAUUGAAUGUUCUUUUCCUAACCCGUAUUAGGGUACAUCUGUGUGAAACAUAGAUACCAUAUUUUCAUUCCUCACCUUCAGUGUUAUAUUUUUCCCUGUAUGCCAUUAUACUUCACUGUCAGACUUAAAACAUUUACGUUAAACAGGUUAAGUGGAGAUCCUCAGGGUCUCAGUGCUGUGGCCUAGCUCCUACAGGUGUGCUGUGGCGUGUGGCAGUGAUCUAUUUGCAUAAUGUUAUUGUUUGAUAGUGAAAAUACUUGUUUCUGCUCUUCAAGUGUUUUGUGAUUCAAAUUUUAUAUGUUUAAUUAAAAUAUUGCAUAAUAUUGAUAGGUUCAGAAACCAUUAAAAUAAUCAAACAAUUAUGCUGUGGACUUAACAUGAUUUCUUUGUUUUCAAUAAAAUUUUCUUUUCAUCUUUCCAUCUUACCAUCCUCUUAGCAUUGUCCUAUUCACAUAAGGCAUUUUGUUUUCCUUCUCCACUCACCCACUCCAUUAAAUUUGAUCAGCACUUGUGUAGUAACAGAGUAUAUUUGUGCUAGAAAAUUUGCAGUGAUACAUGAGCAUGUUUUUAUUUGGGGGGAAGCCAGUGCCUAUAAUUAUGCCUAAUUGAGUGGUUCUACUCUAUCCAUCCUUGCAGUGUUUAGAGCUGAUCCUACGAUCCUUCAUCCCUACCAAAAGUAUGAGAAUAUAACUGUAGGUCUCCUUUGUUUUCAGUCAUUGUACAUUGCCUCAGAAUCUGCGUUUAUUUUAUCUGGAAACAAGAGGAAGAUUGGUGGGAACGGGGAGGAGUUAUUUUGCAUCCUGGUUUGUUAUGAAGACAUUAUAUAUAUGAAAUGGGAUAAACUAAUAACUGUUGCAAAAUGCCCUAGAUAUAAUUAUUUCUUUUCCUUCAGCUGGAUGUGAAAAGCUGAAGCAGUGAAAAAACUGCAAUCCCAUUUAAUUGGUUUCUUCCUGUUUCUUGUCCGUUGCUUCUAUAUCCACUGGGAGCUAUCUGCUAAGUACCUUUGGUAAUGGAUUACAUUUUCUUCCACUUCUCUUAUAUGAACAAUUUCAUUAACACUAAAGUAUUAGCAUAGAAUAUAUGAGACAAAGUACUGAGCUGAGAUGGCAUCUAGUUGAACAUGAUUUCAUACUUAAGUUUUUCAUUUGACUUGUAUAAAACACUACUGCUGAGAAAAACAAUUAUGAAUGCCUUCUGCAUGCUGUACAUUAUCUCUAACAGAGAUGGGACAAUUUUUAAAAUACAAAGGGUUAUAGAGUUAGAAUGGAUGUGUUUGUGCAUAUAUAUGUUGUGUAUAAGCCUAAAUAUUAACAUUUAUGAGAAGUUUUUAAAAAUUCUUCAAAUGUUUUGAUCUCAGUGAAAUAAUGGGCCAAUACUCAGUAGAGACAUUUUCUUUUGUUACCUCACAGUGAAGGCUAGUGUUUGUUAUUUUAUCUUUGUUAAAUAUAUUUGGAAAUACAUAUUGUUGAUUUUUGCUACUGGUAAUGCAUUAUUAGAAAAUGUAAGUUUUUGGUUGUGGCCCUCAGGUUUACCAUGUAAAUCUGCAUUUUGGUGGUAAAUCCCUUUGCCUCAGAUUCAGUAACUUUUGGUAAACUUUACUGUUUUUUUGUGUAAAAUAAAGUACUUUUUGUGUAAAAUAAAGGUUAAAUUUUUAUAAUAAAUGAAUAAAAACAGAUUAAA